CAUACUGAGACUAGGUUCAUUGGCAACUGGUUACAGCGACAUAUCGUUCAGUCGCUGCUAAGUAGUGCUUAGGUGUUAUGUGUGCAGUAGUAUAAUAUUCAUCUAAUUCUGUUUCGUGCAAAAAUUUCGUCUGUACUAGUGUCACGGUCACAGUUGAAAGCAAUAAUAAUACUAAAAUCAAAAAUGGAGGACGAAGAUUCCAUGUGGAAAGUAUUUUACAAUCGGGUACAGCGGAAAUUUAGCGCCCAGAGUAUUUCGCCGGACAUACAAGUUGAGCAAAUAGACGGCGGAUUUUUUGAACGUUAUGGAUCUGGAUUCAAGAAUAAUUUUGAAGAGGACACCAUUAUUGCUGAUAAGGAUAAAUUCGCUACUCUAAAUGAAAGGGAAAUUUCGAAAGUAGACAAUGAUAUUGCCGAGAAGACUCAACUAUCUUACAAAGAGUUAUUAUCGUCAUUAUUAGAAUUAAAUAUAAACGAAUUAUACGAAGAAGUAUUGCACGAAAUAUUACAUUGUAUUGGGAAGGAAAAAAGUUGUUUAAAUCAAGAAAAUAUAAUCGAAUUUGCCCGAAAAGCAUUUAAAAUUGAACAAGAUACUCACGAAGCUAUUUAUAAAGCUGUUAUAGAAAAAGAAGCUCCAAACAUAAUGUUAAACAUUGAAAUCAUCGAAGCGAAAGAUAUAAAACCAAAAGAUGCAAAUGGUUUCAGUGAUCCAUUUUGUACCUUAUUUUUGUCUUCUACCCAACAACAUAGAUAUAACACGUCGGUGAAAAGUCAAACUCUGCGGCCAGUCUGGGAAGAACACUUUUCACUGCCAGUCGAGACUCCUGCUGAUGAUAUUUUAUGUGUGGAAGUUUGGGACUUUGAUCCGGCGGAAACAGUAAAAGAAAAAGUUACAAAAGUCGGCGACAUUAAAGGAUUUAAAGGAAUGAGAAGGUUUAUGAAAGAAAUCGCGGUGACUGCUACGAACGGUAAACACGAUAAUGAAAUUAUUGGCGGUACGCUAAUACCACUUAAGACAAUACCUUCUCGAGGUCAAAUAGCUUGGUACAGUUUGGAGAAAAAAGGCAAGGGCAAGCCGCAGGGGAAUUUGUUAUUAAAAUUGUCGUUUGGCAGUGAAAAAAAUAAACAAGUUGCUGCUCAAGAACAUAGACACCUACUACGAGUAUUGUUAGCAUACCAAAUGAAUGUACAAAAGCCUGAAAUGAAUUCGUGGAAGGGUGAUUUUUUACCUGAGUCUAGCUUAAUAAUUCAACAGCAUGUUGCACAAAGUAAUAUCAGCACUGUUGACGAGUGUUUGAGCCAAUGGAUAGAAUACAUUAACGCUCAUGUGUUGAGUCCUGUGGUAAAUUUUAAAGUAUUUUCGGACAUACUAGACAUUUUAGUUAAAUCCAUAACUACUGGACAUUUAUCCAAUGAAGAGUUAAAAAUGUUCUGGCAAUCGUCUAAAAAAAUAUUACCAUUUUGCUUUAAUGCUAUUCGAACAAUACGUAAAAAAUCUGCAGAUGACGAACAGUUAUUGAAUCAAAUAGAAUACGUUUUAAAUAUAUUACAAAGUCUAUCAUUGUUGGAGUUACCAAGUGACUUAGACCUCUUUCCAUCUGAUGUUUAUGGUUGGUUGUUACCAUGCGAACACGUCAGAGACAUAAAGAGUACAUUGCACGAUGCUGUCGUCCAUGGUGCUGUGGAUUGGCACGUUCACAUAUUAGAAAACAACAAACCCGACGACUUUACGGAUGAAGGACAGAUGAAACUUCAGCUUAAAAUAAUUCAACUUCUUAAACUAGAUUUGCAGAAAGCCAUAGAGUUUCAUAACAAGAUAUUUAUCAAGAAAAUGCAAUUUCCGUAUGCCAGUACACUAUUUUCAAUAUACGAAUGUAAAAUAUCUGAAAUGUGUGAGCCAUUUAUCACUCGCAUUUGUAUGAAUAUGAAGCCAAUUAAUUUUGAAGAAAACGGGCGGUUUCAAGUUGACAACGAUCCGCUUGCAAUGGGAACGUCACUUUUUGAACUUUAUAUGGGGAUUCAGAAAUUUGUCGAGUUAGGAAAAAAUAACUGCAAUGUAGACUUUGAGACGAAUAGUCAUUUAGUCAAGUAUCACUUAUGGUUCCAACAAGGUGUUGCUAGGUGGUUGGAUAUUGCUGCGUACAAAGCCAUGCAACGCAUUGAAAGAGCUGUAGACUUGGACAAAUUAGUCAAAGUGGACACAUCAGUGGAAUGUAGUUCAUCAGCAGUCGACACAUUAGCAAUAUUCUACCAAAUAAAAGUGUUUUGGCAACAACUAGCAUGGCCUGAUGCCGAAGGUUCUUAUUCAUUCGUGGCAAAGAUAAUUGAUGACAUUUGCAGGUGUUCUGUAUACUUUUCGGACAAAACAGCUUAUAAAGUUAAUAGUACUGUGAUUGAAAACAAAAGAUUCGAAGUCACUAAAGAAUGGUGCUUAGCUGUAAACAAUAUAGACUAUGUAAAACAAUAUAUCCGGCCAUUUGUAAAUGAUUUGGGUAUAACACAGUUGAUGGACAGUUUAGCAAACUAUAAGAGUGAAAUUUCAGCAGAUCAUUGUAAAAAAACACUGGAUUUAGUCGUUGAUAAUGCAAUUGAUACAGUAAACAACAAAAUUAUAGAUCUUUUACAGACAGUAGUGAACAAAAUGUCUCCUGAAAUAAGUAAAUUUUUGAUUGAAGGUGCAGAAGUUGUUAAUACAAACAAUAAUCAUUUGGACAAUUUAAUGCUAUAUUUGGAUGAAAAUCUUUGCACUUUAAGUAAGGAACUUAACGAAGAAAAUUUUCAACGUAUACUUGAUAUUAUAGUUGAUCAAAUAGCAACAAUAAUGUAUAAUCUUAUACAAAAUAAUUUAGAAAAAAAAAAACCACCUACAUAUUUUAGGAAUCUAAGAGACAGUUUUCAUAUGUUGUUUGGAUUUUUGAGAAAAGAUAAUAAUACUGAAUAUAAGAGUGAAACAAUUCAAAAGCUUGAAGCAUUAUUGCACUUACAUACGUUAGAUACUGUAAACCUUAUACAUGAAUAUUAUUUAGAAAGACUUCAAAAACAAAAGGAAAUCCAAGAGGCUAAUGAAGGAAUAUUAACUGUUAAAUUGAUAUUUAUUAACAAUGUUCUCAAAGUAGAUGUACUAAAUGCAAAUGGAAUAAAAGCAAUGGACUCUAAUGGUUUUAGCGAUCCAUUUAUUAAAGUACGUUUGCUGCCCAAAGACAAAUUUCAACAUACCACUAAACCAACAACAGCAGUACAGAAAAAAACUUUGUACCCUUUAUUUGAUGAAUGUUUUAAAAUUUCUCUAACUCCUGAACAACGUACUGAAGAAAAUGGUUUAGUUAUGUUUAUAGUAAAAGAUCAAGAUUUUAUGGGAAUGACAAAUGAGUUUGUAUCUGAAGCAUUUAUACAUUUUAAAGAUAUUCCAUUUACACAGUUAGAAAAUGACUUAGGAAGCAUACCACAAAUUAAAUUAAAGCUAACGUCUCCAAAAUCUCUAGAUUCAAAAAUUCUCAAAGCUCUUGAUACUAGAUCAACAGACAAAUUGGCAAAAGAUUUUCUUAAGCGAGAAAAAAUAAAAAUUGCAGCAGCAAAUUCAACGCCGAAAAAAUGACUACACUCUAUUACAGGGCGAAUUAAGCAUAAUACGUCUACAUUGAUACGAAAACUUAAAAACUCAUAUUGAUUUGCUGUAUAAACAUAUUAGUAUUUAAAAUUUAUCAAAAUAAUUAUAAUGUA